AUGGACAAAAAGUUCGAACAUGUAAACUCUACAGUCGUCUUGGACUAUGAGCCCGCGCGUUUCAAACACAGACACACUUUACCGCAGCCUCUCAAAGUCGAUCUGCAUCGAUGGAUGCUUAACAACCACACGAAAUUCCCCGAAGCCCGCAGGAUUCGCAACCUCGUCAAAAACUUCACAUGUGACAUACAUCAGCAGAAAGGCCUGGAGUUUGACCCACAGCCAGGGGGAAAACGUACCAAUGGGCGCUACAAACUUGGAUAUGAAUAUAUCCUCAAUGACGAGUACUGCGGCACUUUGAGGUACAGACCCAAUUAUCUACCAGUCUCCGAUCUCCUGGCCCAGUUCUUUCAAAGCGAACAGUUGUACAAGUACGAGCCUCAGGACGUCCGCCACGCGAUCGAUGAGUUGAAGAACCUUCUCACGCGUCUCGAAGCCGAGGAAUUAGACAGCGGACAAGGUUUUGGCUGUCUCUCCACCCCACCUGCGACGCCUGCCUCCAAGAAGAAGACUUUGCGAUCUCGUUCGGCGAAUAUGCAGCUGAGGAUGACUCGAAAGAGGGACUAG